AUGAAGGCCUUUGUUGUGUCAGGACUGCUGCUGCUGCUGCUCGUAUCUGGGAUGUGGAAGUAUUCUGGACAACAGUCAGUUUUGGUGAAUUGCAAUUACCACAAUCUCCAUGUUAUAGCUAAAAGGACACUGUUUUAUCAAGAUGAACUUAUAGGCCCCGAUGAGUUAUUCCUAGGGACAGGCUGCCAAGCGGUUAUCCUGCGAGUAGAUGAGCUUGAGUUUAUUUAUCCUAUCAAUUUCUGCGGGAUUGUUAUAGAGACGGUGGCUGAUAGAACUAUUCUUUAUAGCUGGCUGACCUAUAAACCCAAGAAUAAACCUAUUUCUGCUGAGCUUCAGCUGCGGUGUGUGAUUCCCAGAUGGGCAUUCCUGCUCAGUGCUGGUUCCAGGUACAAUAUAGACAUUGCCAUCGUUGUGGCCGUGCCCACUUAA